AUGUCAGCCCCCAAUGGGUCCAACACCAGCCCUCUGCCUUUCCUCCUGACGGGCAUCCCUGGCCUGGAAGCUCUCCAUGUGUGGAUUUCCAUCCCAUUGUGCAUUACCUACGUACUGGCCUUGCUGGGAAACCUGCUGGUGCUGCUGGCYGUGGGGCUGGACAGGRGCCUGCACCAGCCCAUGUUCUGUUUCAUCGCCAUGCUGGCUGGCAUCGACCUCAUCUUCUCCACUGCUGUGGUUCCCAAGAUGCUGGGYGUGUUCUGGUUGGGUUCAAGGGAGAUUGGCUUUGAAGGCUUCAUCCACACAUUCACCGCAGCGGAGUCAGGGGUGCUCCUGGCCAUGUCCUUGGACUGCUAUGUGGCCAUCUGCCACCUGCUGAGGUACAGCACCGUCCUGAGCGGCCUCAGGGCCAUCCAGGCAGGGCUGCUGUCCCUGGCCAAGGGAGUUGGUGUCAUGAUCCCCCUGAUGUACCUGCUCAUCAGCCUGCCCUACUGCAGCAGCAGGGUGAUCCCACACUUGUCCUGUGAGCACGUGGCCCACAUGGCCACCAGCCACCGCUACAGCCUCAGCCUGGCCACACUGCUUGUGGGGACAGACUCUGCCUUCAUCACCUUCUCCUACGGGAUCCUCAGGGCUGUGCUGAGGCUGCCAUCCCACCAGGCGAGGCUCAAGGCCCUCGGCACCUGCAGAUGCCAUGCUUUUGUCAUCCUGAUCUUUUACAUAGGUGGGCUCCUCUCCAUGUACCUGCAGAUGUUCACUCUUGGCUUGGCACCUCACAUCCAAGUGCUGCUGGCUGAUUCCUACCUCAUGGUCCCUCCCAUGCUCAACCCCCUCGUUUAUGGCAUAAAGGUGAAGCAGAUCCAGGAAGGGAUUUGCAAACUGCUGGGGCAGCUGGCAGGACCCUGGAGCUCACAAGCUGCUAAAGGUGGCUCAGCCUCAGAGAAAGAUUUCUCCCAUCCCAGAACAGGCAUGGAGUUGAGUGCAAUGAAUUACCCCCCAGAAAGGUCCAGAAAGGAAACCUCAGCCAGAUGCCUGAUGCUGACACGGCCACAGCUGAUUGACAGGAAUGGGUUUGGGCAACUGUCCUUUGGCCAGUAG